UCCGAUACUUCAUCGGACCUGUAUGCAGAGGUAGAUACGUCGUCGCACCUCAACUUGGCUGCGCAUUCGCUCCAACAAGUUGCUGUGCCAGCGUUGGACACCAUGUAUCAUGAUAGUUCUGUACCACUUUCAGCACAGUCAAAAGGCAAGCGUAGAUUUGGCGCAGAGGACCACCAGGCCCAAGUGCCGCAAAAACGGCGCAAGCUUGUACUCACCGCAGAACCUUACUUUUCACCUGCCAUUUCAACUUCCGCCAACCUGCCUGCCGAAGUCUGGCAGCAUGUAUUCCUAUACCUCACUCCAGACGACCUUAGUCGUUGCUUGCGCGUCAGUCGCUUGUUCCGCUCAUAUCUUGCCGACCUCACCGCCACCAUGAGCUUUCGCCUACCACCUCAUCGCAAUGGUUUAAAGCUUCUUGACAGCGAGGCGAUCUGGACAUCAGCUAGGAAAUUGUUUGCUCCCAACCUGCCUCGACCUCUUGCUGGCUUUACAGAGAUGCAUAUGUUCCAGCUUCUUGGGGGUAGGGAUUGCCAGGCUUGUGGUGCCCUCCCGCUGCAGCCAAAUCAGCCCACCACUCCUUUCGACGCUGGACCUGGUCAUGGCGGUGUGCGCGUCAUAUGGUCUUUCUCUGCUCGCCUGUGCUCCGAGUGCUUUGAGCUCUAUUCAGUUAAGGUAGCAUCGNAUGUUGAUGUUGUCGUCUCCCCUGUCAACCCAUUGAGAGCUGGCUUACCAUACGCGUUUUGCACGCCAGAUCUACACUACAUUCCUGCUACUUUACAGGCUCAAGCUGCUGCUUCCAUCAAGGGCACGAUGUUCAAGGUGUACUCGCAAAAACAUAUUGAUGAUCUUCAACAAGAACAUCAGAAUGCCAAGGAGUUUGGCACUGCUGCUGCCGAGGAGUGGGUUAAGGGCCUGCCAUUACUCGGAAAACAGCAGAUGGCGGAUGCUGCUCGUUGGGAGAGAUGGGAAGCUCAACUUCCUCUGGGUUCCGACAUUCCCAAAGUGCUUAGGGAAUAUUUCCGUCCUUAUUCUGUUCCUAUGAUAGGUGAGACUCCAGUCGCUGUUGCGUCUGCCGCAGUAACUGCAGUGGCGACUCCCUCAGUGAGUGUAACGACACUCCCAGCGCCUCCUUCAGCCCAAAUCGUUGCCGUUCCCACCGCCACUCAACCGAGUAACAAUGCUCAAAGUCCACAACAGUCGAGCAAGAAGGAAUGGCGAGCACCUCGCAACUUGAAAGAGGUCAAUGAAGCUAGAGCCUCUCGAAGAGCCGAGAUUGAGCGACGAUGCUAUAUGGAAUUUCAACCACCGCUCACGCCCAAUGUCCUGCAACACAUGGAAUCCUUCCAUGCUGCCAUGCAGAUCACAACUCCAUUGACUGACAGCGCGUGGGAAGUCUUGAAACCUCGCCUCUAUACUCAACGAGAUGCCGCCGAGCAAAUCGAAUACAUGAGGGAGGAACAAAUGCGUGCUCUCCAGGCGACAAUCCCCGAUCCCGCAUACCACGCCAUGUAUAUCCAGCCUGUUGAUCCAACAAUUCUCCAACGUCAGUACGAAUCUGCGCAAGCACCCAUUCGCAAGAAGCUUGGCAUGUACGCCGACGACCUGAUUCGGAUCAAGUGGAAGAAGGGUAAAAUCCUUACUCGUGAAAAUUGUCCAGAAUUUGCCGUCGAAGUUCUGCUCUAUGCCAGAAACAGAUUCAUCGAAGUUGAAAGGCCACAUGGCCUGCCUCCAGACCAGAUGACUGAGGAGUCUGAUCCCUGGUUCGUGAGUUUGGAAAACAUGCGUUGGCUCUACGACCAGAAAGUCAAGACGUACACAGACAAGUAUCUACGUGAGUUGUUUCACUGUGCCGAAUGCAAGUCGCUUGGCAAAUCAUACGCUUUCGAAGGCAUGAUACAACAUUACGGUGCAAAACAUACAUCAGAUUUCAGCAGGGGAAACAUUGUUGUCCACUGGCAGAGUGCAGAAUGGCCGGAAGAGUCUCCCCUGGAGCCCUGCAAUGGUGUCAUCCCUGACCCGACAAUGCCUCCUAAGCCAUCUAAAAAACCCGCAGAUUCCGGCGAUGCUAGCCAGUAUCAAGCUUUAGACAGUUCCGGUGCUCCGGUCCAAUCAGCAUAUCAUUGGCCUGGGACAGAAGGUGGCGCUUAUGACCAAUCUGGGUAUUCGGCUUACCCUCCGGACGCCCAUGCUGGUUAUGCUGCGUAUGGAUACCCUUAUGCCAGCGGCACUCCGACAGACACUCACCACCAACACGGCUACUAUCCUCCACCUGUCAACCCCGUAAGUUUACACCAGGACCAGAUCGACUACAUUGCGAACAUCGCAAGGGAGAUCUGGGACACCAUCGCCGGAAUCAAGGGUCUGGAAGAAAGUGUCAGAGUUCACACAGUACUGCACCACGUAGUCUCAAAAUUCAAGGCUCACUUCGGCAGCGAGCCUUCGCUUGACGUGCUGACUGAUGCUCUCGCCAAUCACGACCUCAUGCGUCCUAUUAAAGACGCGAGCGGAAUGGCCUGUAUGACUUGUAUUUCAAGCAAUCUCGAUGGCUUCGUUGCUUUCAAACCAUAUGCUAAGCGCAUUGCGGAUUACAAGCUUGGACAUCACCCAGCUGCUCUGACUCAAGACGAGACCUCGGAAGAGCAGUCUGAUACUCUUCCAGAGGCUGCGGAGGAUGAAUAUGAUCCCCGACGUCCAGCCUUCAUCGAGCGAGGCAGCCAGGGAUCAAAUCGAAAUGGGAAGAGAGAAGGCCAACGUCAACAACCAUCAAUUGAUCUUACACAGCUUGCACCCGAGACUCUAGAAGCACUCAGUCGACUCCGCCCAAGUGACCCAGAGGUCCAGAAAGCCCUCGCCGGUAGAACUGAACGAAGUCCAUCUGUGCCUCGAGCUGGUGGCUCUCAUCCUCCCCCAGUCGACGCAAGUCGUCAAAAUCGCGCUGCGUUCGAGGCCAAUCGUGUGCCCGCCUAUCAACCGCAAGAGUCUCACGAUGUCCACACUCGCUCUAAUGGUCGACACGAUCGUAGUGGUGUUGAAGAGCCUCCGGAGGAUUACACCCAGAUCAUCCGUACUCCUGCUACUGGACCAUACAGUCAGCACAACACUGCCGCUCCGAUGCUCUCAGUCCCACCCCAAGAUCGUUACGUUCGCGUCGACUCACGUGGUCAACCUAUGGAACAUUCACGACACGAAUCAGCACCUUAUGGUUAUGAGUACGACCAGCGUGUAGGACAUCAGGAGUACUACCCUCGCCCUGAAUACAGGACAGACCACCCACCUGUUCCUUAUGGCUAUGAACCGAGACCAGAGACGAUAUACGUAGAUCAGUACGGUCGUCCUGUUGAGGUCGUACGUGUGAUUGAACGUCACCCUCGGCCUAUGUAUGACUAUCCACCGCACCAACCCGAAUACUAUCAAAGAGAGGACCCGCACGCUCGAUAUGUCUACUACGAGCAGCCACCUCAUGGCCAACCUGCACCACAAGCAGGAUAUGCAGGCCCACCUCGAGUCGACUACGGUCCACCACCUGGCCCACCGUCGAGAUAUGUGUAUGAUGACGGAAGGGCGUCUGUCCCACGCAAU